AUGAUCACUGAUGUGCCCCCAUCUAUGGUUCAAAACGGUAGGUCAAGCAGAUAUUCCUUUGGCUCUAGCAAUGGCAAUGAUGAUACCCCUGCACACAAUGGUGCUGCUGUUAUCAAUGUUGAUGACUAUGAUAGUGAUAGCUCCAAUUUUGCCCCACCCACGCCAUCAACUAUGUCAAUGGCUGUUCCAGCAGAACUCGCUGGAGCUGUGCCCUUGAUUAACAGAUUCCAGGUGGAUGGAUUUUUAAAAUUGAUGCAGAAGCAAAUUCAAUCUGCUGGGAAACGUGGAUUUUUUUCUAAAAGAUCUGUAGGUCCUCAAGUUCGAGAAAAAAUUACAUUUGAGGACAUGUUGAGUUUUCAAAAGGACCCAGUUCCUACAUCAUUGCUCAAGUUAAAUGUUGAUUUAGUAAGCAGGGCAACAAAAUUAUUCCAAACAAUUUUGAAAUAUAUGGGAAUUGAUCCAUCUGAUCGUGUAACUCCUAUAAGCUUAGAUGAAAGAGUUGAGCUUGUAGGGAAACUAUACAAGCAAAGUUUGAAACGACCAGAACUACGAGAUGAACUUUUUGUUCAGAUAUCAAAGCAAACAAGAAAUAACCCUGAGAGGCAAUACUUGAUUAAAGCAUGGGAGCUCAUGUAUUUAUGUGCAUCCUCAAUGUCUCCUAGUAAAGACAUCAGCAGUUACCUAUCAGAAUAUAUUCAUAAUAUAGCAAAUGGUGUGGCUACUGAUUCCGAGAUCCAAGUCCUUGCAUUGAAUUCAUUAAAUGCUUUGAAGCAUUCUGUCAAGGCUGGUCCCAGACAUAUAAUUCCUGGGCGUGAGGAGAUUGAAGCUUUGUUGACUGGGAGAAAGCUUACAACUAUAGUCUUCUUCCUAGAUGAAACAUUUGAAGAAAUUACAUAUGACAUGUCAACCACGGUUGCUGAUGCUGUUCAGGAACUCGCAGGGCUCAUUAAACUCUCAGCAUACUCCAGCUUUAGUCUAUUUGAAUGUCGUAAAGUUGUUACUGGCUCCAAAGCACCUGAUCUUGGGCAUGAGGAGUACAUUGGGUUAGAUGAAAACAAAUAUAUUGGCGAUCUGCUGGCGGAAUUCAAAGCUGCAAAGGAUCGAAGUAAAGGAGAAAUCUUGCACUGUAAAUUGAUAUUCAAGAAAAAGUUAUUUCGGGAGUCAGAUGAUGCGGUGACAGAACCAAUGUUUGUGCAAUUGUCUUAUGUACAAUUGCAACAUGAUUAUAUUUUGGGCAAUUACCCUAUUGGAAGGGAUGAUGCUGCUCAGCUUUCUGCUCUACAAAUCUUGGCUGAGAUUGGAUUUCUUAGCACACCAGAAUCAUGCACUGACUGGAAUUCACUUCUGGAGCGUUUCCUGCCUAGACAAAUUUCAAUGACAAGAGCUAAACGGGAAUGGGAAUAUGACAUUAUUUCUCGUUAUCGUUCAUUGGAGAGUCUGACAAAAGAUGAUGCACGCCAACAAUUUCUGCGUAUAUUGAGAGCACUUCCUUAUGGAAAUUCUGUUUUCUUCAAUGUUCGCAAGAUUGAUGAUCCUAUUGGACUUUUACCUGGUCGGAUAAUUUUGGGAAUUAAUAAAAGAGGGAUUCAUUUUUUCCGCCCAGUGCCUAAGGAAUAUUUGCACUCAGCUGAGUUGAGAGACAUAAUGCAGUUUGGAAGCAGCAACACUGCGGUCUUCUUUAAAAUGCGAGUUGCAGGUGUUCUCCACAUAUUCCAGUUUGAAACCAAGCAGGGAGAGGAGAUUUGUGUAGCUCUUCAGACACAUAUAAAUGAUGUAAUGCUGCGCCGCUAUUCAAAAGCACGAUCUGGUGGUGGCAGUGGCGGUUCUUUGAAUGGAGAUGUUUCUAAUAAUUCUUCUAAAUCUUCUAAUAUGGAGUUAUAUGAGAAGCGCGUUCAAGACUUAUCAAAACUUAUUGAAGAGUCUCAAAAAAAUGCUGAUCAAUUGCUUGAAGAAUUACGUGUGAAGCAAAAACAAGAAGAGAAAAUGCAAGAAGAAUUGGAUGGCUUGAAAGAAUCCUUAAAAGCUGAUAAGCAAAAUCUGGAAUCAGUUACAAGUGACCGUGAUAGACUUAGAUCAUUAUGCAUUGAAAAAGAUAAGGAACUACAGGCUGCUAUUCUAGACAAAAGGAAUAUGGAAUCUAGGAUGGCUAAGUUAAGUAAUGCGGUGAUAGAGAACACUGCCAAAAAGGAUCUUGCUAAUGCUGGAAAUAGACAAGUGACUCAAAAGCUUGAAGAUGAGCUAAAAGUUUGUAAACAUGAGUUGCUUGCAGCCAUCGAAACUAUCAAAAGCUUGAAAAGUGAAAAAAUGAUUUUGGAACAGAAUUUAUCUUCACUUGAAAAGAGGAAAGCUGGAGAGAUUAGUUCCCUUCACUGGAAACUUGAGCAAGAACGCAAAGCUGUGAAGUCUGAAGCAUACGAGCUUGAAAGGAAGCUUGAAGGGUGUAGGCAAGAAUUAUUGGCUGCUAAGGCUACUAUUUCAGUCAAGGACUCUGAGUUGGCUUCAAUGCAGAAUAAUUUGAAGGAACUAGAAGAAUUGAGAGAAAUGAAAGAGGACAUUGAUAGAAAGAAUGAACAGACAGCUGCCAUACUGAAAAUGCAAGGGGCUCAACUAGCUGAAAUGGAAAUACUUUAUAAGGAAGAACAGGUUUUAAGGAAGCGCUAUUUUAAUGUAAUAGAAGACAUGAAAGGCAAGAUUAGAGUUUACUGUCGACUAAGGCCUCUCAAUGAAAAAGAGAUUGCGGAGAAAGAAAGAAAAGUUCUCACUGCAGUAGAUGAGUUUACUGUUGAAUAUCCAUGGAAAGAUGACAAGCCAAAGCAGUACAUAUAUGACCGUGUUUUUGAUGCUUAUGCAAGUCAAGAAAGUGUAUUUGAGGAUACAAAGUAUUUGGUGCAGUCUGCUGUAGAUGGGUAUAAUGUUUGCAUAUUUGCUUAUGGUCAAACUGGCUCUGGAAAGACAUUUACAAUCUAUGGAUCAGAAAACAACCCCGGGCUUACCCCACGUGCAAUCACAGAACUUUUUAGAAUUUUAAGAAGAGAUAAUAACAAGUACUCUUUUUCCUUGAAGGCAUACAUGGUGGAAUUAUAUCAGGAUACCCUCAUAGAUCUUUUGUCACCAAAGAAUGGAAAACAUUUAAAAUUGGAUAUCAAGAAGGAUUCGUCGGGAAUGGUAGUUGUGGAAAAUGUGACAAUUAUGUCAAUUUCUACAAUUGAAGAAUUGAACACUAUAAUACAAAGAGGAUCUGAGCGGCGACAUAUAUCAGGAACCCAGAUGAAUGAUGAAAGUUCAAGAUCUCAUCUCGUUCUAUCAAUUGUAAUUGAAAGUACCAAUCUUCAAAGUCAGUCAGUUGCUAGGGGAAAGCUGAGUUUUGUGGAUCUUGCUGGUUCAGAAAGAGUGAAAAAGUCAGGUUCCACCGGGAGUCAACUUAAGGAAGCUCAGAGCAUUAACAAGUCAUUAUCAGCACUUGCAGAUGUUAUCAGUGCUUUGUCUUCUGGUGGUCAACACACACCAUACAGGAAUCACAAGUUAACAAUGUUGAUGAGUGAUUCACUUGGUGGUAAUGCCAAAACUCUCAUGUUUGUGAAUGUUUCUCCAGCAGAAUCAAAUUUGGACGAGACACAUAACUCUCUCAUGUACGCUUCCCGAGUAAGAUCCAUUGUGAAUGAUCCCAGCAAAAAUGUUUGUUCAAAGGAGAUAGCAAGGCUGAAGAAGUUGGUUGGAUAUUGGAAACAGCAAGCUGGUAAAGGAUCUGAGUGUGAAGACUUGGAAGAAAUUCAGGAUGAAAGAUCAACUAAAGAGAAUGGUAAUGGCAGUAGGUAA